UGUAGUACCAGUUAGGACACUGUAUGCACUCCGGGUUGUAAAAGUGUGUGGUGUGUGUGUGUGUGUGUGUUUGGGUUUGCUUGAGGGAUGUACAUCCCCCUUCCCGCUUCUCCCCUUGCUCUGCAUGAAAAUAGCAGGUGGAAUCCCAGAGAAUUUGUUUCUGGAACAAUCCUGAGGCACUGAGCGCUCUGCACCUUUGGAAUCAUGGGAGUGGCCCAUGGAAAGAAAGCAGAUCAUAAUCAUCAAAAUCACAACUCUGCUUGUGCUCAACCACUUAUUGGACCUGGUGAAUCAGAUUUAGUCUCUGAUCUUGGAGCCGUGAUAGACCCUGAUCAGAGGUGGGGCAGAGAAGAGGAUUUAGACCAGAGCAAGUUGCUUCCUGAGCAAACAGACAGCGGUUACUAUGAAGAGCUCAUCAGACCCAAAAAGCUCCACAAUCCCAUCAAAGCGUCCAAGAGCCACCGGGAGCUCCAGCGAGAGCUGAUUAUUACACACAAAAGAGGGGCAGUGGCGGAGGAGAAGCCGGAGUUACAGAGAGUUCUGGAACAGAGAAACAGAGCUCAAGUUCUGAAACAAGACAGAAAACAGGAGGAGGAGAAAUCGCCACUGGAGCAGGAGUUACUGAAGAGACAGAUGAGGUUAGAGAAGUUUGAGAGAGAGGUCGAAGAGCAGAGAGAAAGGUCAAAGUGCGCGCCUGAGUUCAUCAGGGUCAAAGAGAGCCUAAAGAGGACGGCGAUCACAAGUGCUGUGGAGAAAGAGCUGUAAUCACACAUUACAUUACUUCACUGAUCUAACGUGAGUGCUGAUACUCCUCCAGCUGCUGAUUCGAACAGUUCUUAGUUUUAUUUAGAAAGCUUGGGCUUUGGAUUUCGAAAGCAAUCACAGAAUGUGAAAAAACGUUGACAAGGACCAGAAUGUUGACAAUGUGGGCCAAUGUUAUGUAAUAUUAAGCACUUGUACUUAAUUGCUGAUUACGUGGCUGUAAUUUGCACCAGUUAGAGAAACACACAAGAACAGAAUAACUCUAGUAUACUGGAACUGUAUCUAGUGUUUGAGUAUAGAAAUGAUUGGUCUGCCAUAUAUAUAGAUUAUAUACUUUUAUGAACAGACAGCAAUUCUUUCCACUUUUUCUACAUUUAUGGUUCAAAUCAUUUGGUGUGUUCACAUAUGCAUACUAGUUUCAGAUAUCAUGCACUACUACAUUUAACAAAAUGUGUACUGUAGUACAAAAAGAGCAUAAAGAAAAGCACACUGUAUCCCAUAAUGCAAUGUUUUAGACUUAAUUUUCCUUUUUUGGUAUGGCAAAUUUUAGCAUCUCUUUUUCUUGACUCACUGUUUGAUUGCGCAGGCAUAGCACAUUUUUUUCCACAUGCAUUUUGUAUAAAAAU